CACCUCGGACUAAGAUGGCGGCGGCGGCGGCGGCGGCCUGGCGGGGCUGUGGAGCGGCUGCUGCUGCCGCAGGGCUUCGCAGGCGAUUCUGUCUUGUGAUGAAGAAUCCAUACACCAUUAAGAAAUAUCCUCUGCAUCAAUUUGUACAGAAACCACUUUUCCUGCUACCUGCAGCCCCAUGUAACACAGGUCUAGAUUUACUUAAGCAGUUAUUUAGGAUUGAAGGAGUAAAAAGUGUCUUCUUUGGACCAGAUUUUAUCACUGUCACUAAGGAAAAUGAAGAAUUAGACUGGAAUUUACUGAAACCAGAUAUUUAUGCAACAAUCAUGGACUUCUUUGCAUCUGGCUUACCCUUAGUUACUGAGGAAGCAUCUUCAGGAGAAGCAGGAUCUGAAGAAGAUGACGAAGUUGUGGCAAUGAUUAAGGAAUUGUUAGAUACUAGAAUACGGCCGACUGUGCAGGAAGAUGGAGGAGAUGUAAUCUAUAAAGGCUUUGAAGAUGGCAUUGUACAGCUAAAACUCCAAGGUUCUUGUACCAGCUGCCCCAGUUCAAUCAUUACUCUGAAAAAUGGAAUUCAGAACAUGCUGCAGUUUUAUAUUCCAGAGGUAGAAGGUGUAGAACAGGUUAUGGAUGAUGAAUCGAAUGAAAAAGAAGCAAACUCACCUUAAAAUAAUCUGGAUUUUCUUUGGGCUCAAAAGUUGGACUUGUUGACAAUAUAUACCAAGAUUUUAUUAUUAAUAUGCUAAGGAACUUGAGGAUUAAUAAAAUAUGCCCUUUCUUCAGAGAAUGAUAUAUAAA